CUCCUAGUUUAGGUUUAAGCCGCCGUUCUGUCUGAUUCAUAAAACCAGCGCGGAGGAGUUUAUGAAGAUGGUGAACAUGUCGGUUCUACCCACUUUCUCGAAGCGAUCCGUUUCAAGACUCUCAACUCUACGUCAUCUCCCUCAGAGACAAACAGAAAAUGAGAUUGUUGAGAGGGCUUCUAGGAUUCCAUCCACUCACGAAAACCUAGCCGUCUCAAGACGCCCACAUGCUCAACGUCGCCGCUCUCCAAGACAAACAGAAAAUGAGAGUGUUGAGAGGUUUUCUAGUAUUCCAUCCACUAUUCCCGAAAACCUAGCCGUCUCAAGACUCCCACAUGUUCAACGUCGCCGCCCUCCCAGACAAACAGGAAAUGAGAGGUCUAGUAUUCCGAUUCAUGAGCCUGUGUUUAGUAGUAUUCCGAAUUUUGGGCCUAUGUUUCGUAUUCCGAAUCAUCAUGAGCCUAUGUUUCGUACUCGGAAUCCCCUUACUAGGUAUAGCUCAGUGCGGAAGCUUGGUGAGAGCUUUGUAUGUAUAAUGGAAAGCUUCCAAAGGGGGUCCACAAGUGCUGUGAUGGGCAUGCUUCAGUAUGAACAUGUAUUGGAUCCUCAAUUUGUCUCUUCAGUUCUUGAGAUGAACGUUGACAUCGAUGCCAAGAUUACUUUUUUCAACUGGGCUGGUCUCAGAAGCAAUUAUAUACAUAACCACUCCACCUACAAGGCCUUCACACAUUUGCUUGAAGAGGCUAGGCUUGCUACAAGGCUUUCAGAUUGGGUAUACCCCACCCUGUUGGGCUUGUACUUGAAGUUCCGUAAGGUUGAGAAAGCUUUACUUCUUGUGGAGGAGAUGGAACAAACGCCAGGUUCCUCGCCAGCUUUGUAUUCUUACUACACGGAACUGAUUAAGGAAUUUGUCAGAGUGGGGAAGAUAGAAGAAGCUUAUUGUUUACAUGAGAACGUUUCUAGAAAUGCGUUGAGUCCCGAUCUUGUCUUCUUAAAGAAGCUGAUUAACAUUUUAAGCAAAAUAGGUAGAGUGGAGCUGUUAACAAAGGUCGCUGGUGUGUGGACAUUCAUGCAUAGAGCUUAUUCGUACAGUGCUUUGAUUAUGACUCUAUUUGAGUCCAAAGCACCUGAUUCAGAAGUGAGCUAUUUGUUUGAUGAGAUGAAGGCUGAUGGUGUUUCCCCUGUUGGAUUAACUUACGCAAUCCUUAUAAAUGGCUUUUGUGAAAGAAAUAAAGUGGAGAAAGCUCUGUUGUUUCUUGAGGAGAUGGAUGAGGAAGACCUUCCAACUUUUCCAGCGUGUUACAGAUUCAUAAAGUCGAUAAGAUACCAGGCAGGAAAUGAGCUAUCUAAGGAAGAAGAAGAGAAUUUCCGAAUUGUAACUUGUCGAGUUUAUGCGGUCAUGAUCAAACAUUUUGGGAAGCGUGGAAAGCUCAUGGAUCUCUUCAAUGAGAUGAUUAAGGAGGAGGACCAAGAAGAAAGUGGUCCUGAUGUCUACGCUUACAAUGCGCUUAUGUCAGGGAUGGUGAAGGCUGGUAUGAUAGAUGAAGCUAAUUUGUUGCUUAGAAAAAUGGAAGAGAAGGGCUGCAUCGCGGAUGUGAAUUCGCAUAAUAUCAUAAUGAAUGGGUUUGCUAGAACAGGUGUGCCAGAGCGGGCUAUAGAACUGUUUGAAACGAUGAAGCAUUCCGGGCUUAAGCCUGAUGGUAUCACUUACAAUACUCUUCUUGGAUGUUUCGCACAUGCUGGAAUGUUUAAGGAGGCUGCAAGAAUGAUGAGAGAGAUGAAAGAUGAAGGCUUUGUGUAUGAUGCCAUCACUCACUCAUCUAUACUUGAAGCUGACGGCAAUGUGGAUCAAAAUCUUUUGCAGCAAAUGCAAUCCAGGUUCCAGACAAUGUUGGACUCCUUCAUCACAAAGAUAGAUGACGACAUGGGAAGCAGGAUCAAUGAGCACGAGCACGAGCAAAGCAUCGAUGAGAUUGGUGUACAAGGCACUCCUACUCCUUCAGACGAUGAACCCGCUGGUUCCAGUUAAAAAGGGGUUCAUGCUCAAGCCUGGCUUGUUCAAUAUCUAAUUAUGUUUUGUUAAUCUAUAUUAUAUUAUUGAGUUUUAAACCUGAUGGGUUUUUUUUUCUUCUGUAAGACUGUAAUUUAUGUAUCCACCUUGCUUAUCCACUUAACUUUGAAAAAAAGUAUUUGUUAAUCUUUUAACUACA